AGGUUUUAUCUAUAAAAAUCGGACAAGAAUUAUACAUGGACUCAUUGUUGGCGUAAACCAUUAUAAGACUAGGGGUGAUGAAUACUUUUAUGCGAGCUCCAUUAUAAAACGCCCCCAUCGAAUAUUUUUCAUAUCACAGAGUACCUAAUCUGUGGUUCUAUGUAUUCACCAAAGUAACCAAACUAAUGCAUUACUCCAUGCAUAACGCGAUAAAAGAUCAGCUGAUAUAGACAUUAUUUGUCAUUUCGUAGUAACAAUAAAGAGCGAAUAACGGCUUAUUGAAUUAUAUCAAAAUGGAUAUUUUUUUAAAUAAAUUUACAGCAAAUUUAACAGAGGUGUUGAUAUCUCAAAUAACAUGACAACAAACGUAUUACUAUAUCGUAUAAACGUUUAUAGAGAAUAGGUUAUAAAAAUAAAUAAUAUCAUUUAAACAAUGGAAGAAUACAUGCAUUUGUGGAGAGGUGUUGAUAAAUUAUCAUUCACAUUUAGUGAUAAACCAAAUGGGAUAAUUAGCAAAUUAAUUGCCAUUAAGGAUUACAUUUUUGUAGCAACCAAUGCUAAUUAUUUAUAUUAUGGAGAAGUAUUAUUGGAAGAUGAUAGAUCUCCAACACUCAACCUUAAAAGAUCAGAGUUUGAUGCUGUUGAUAUAGCAUCCAAUACAAAUUAUUUAUUCAUUGUAAAUUCUAAAGGUCAUGUAUUAAAAGUAAAUCCACAUGAUAUGAGCAUCGUUGAAACAAUAAUACUUAAAGAAGAACCAAAAUGUUGUAGUCAUGGGUACAGACAAGAAAAUGAAAUAAUUAAAAUAAAAUCAGUAGCAGUUAAUGAUUAUUCAGCAUUGUUUGUUACCGAAAAUGGACAACUUUGGGCAAGUGGAAAUCAACCAGAGAUAGAUAUCAAUAGUACAGAACCUAAAAGAGUAAAAUUUUUUGAAGGAAGAACAAUAUCUCAGGUUACUUGUGGCUCUAAUUUUAAUGUUGCUACUUUAAGAAGACCAGCAAAGACUAUGAGAGAUGAUACAGAUAGUGAAAAUGAGUUAGAAGAAGAAGUUUUUGUAAACUCAUGUCCUCAAUGUCUCAAUAAUAUUAUGUUAAGUCCUGCAAGUAUAACAUCAUCAGAUACUUGCCCAAUGGGACUCCAUGUUCAACAGUUCAGUGAAGACCGUUCUACUAAUUCUAUUAGCGCUUUAUCUACUGCCAGUAAAGAACAUGAUAUGCCUCUUCUUGAAGAAUGUGAUAGAAAAAAUCAUGAUAUUGUUACUGAAGAAGAUAAAGAAACAGAUUUGAAUAAUAUUUCUGAAUUAGAUAAAGAGGAAAAAAAGAAUGUAAUUUUUAUAAAUACAGAAGCAGCACGACAGUUUUUAACAAGACAAUUAUCUUGGGUUUCAUCUUAUGGAAGCGUAAAAGAAGAAUCUAUUGAAAAUAUAGAUAAUCCAACCAAAUUAAUCAAGCAAAAUGUUUCUAAUAUGGCUAAUUUUGUAUAUGAAGGUGUCAAAAAUGUUGGUGGUAAAGUUGUUACACUCUCAAGACAUAUGAGUGGAAGUUCAGAUAUUAAUGAACUUAAAGAUGACAACAAUGAGCAAUCAGAAGAACAAGCGGCAGAAUUGCCAAAACCUGGUACAAAUAAUUUAGCACUUAGUUUACGCUGUGAAGAAUUUCCCUGGUCAUCGAGUACUGGAUCAUUAGAACAUGAAUUAUCACAACAGGGAUUAAAUGAAAGAAUUAAUGUUCUAUCUCGUACAGGUAGUAACAUAUUGUCCACUGAACUUUGGACAUGGGGUGAUGUGCAAUAUGGACAAUUAGGGACAGGAGAUAAUAUUAAACGAAUAAGGCCAAUAUUGGUGGCAAAACUUAAUAAUACAGGACUUAGAAAAAUUGCUUGUGGUGCAUAUCACGUAAUUGCAUUAACCUUAGAUGGUAGAGUAUUUGUAUGGGGAAGAAAUAAUUUUAAACAAGUUACAUUAAAUUCGAUAGCAGAUCAAAGUGCACCUCAGUUGUUUAGUACAAAAUUAUAUUCUAAUGAAAGAGCAAAAGAUAUAGCAGCUGGUACUGCUCAUAGCUUGAUAAUGAUGCAUCAUGGUUUAUAUUUCAUAGGGCAAUCAAGUAAAGAUGCAGAAAUGUUUCAAUUAGAUAUACAAUCCACUGAACAAUUUAGCACAAAACAAAUUUUUAGUUCUGGACAAUACAGUUGUUGUUCCUUUAUAAAUGAACCUACAAUAAAUAUAAAUGAAGAUUUAGUGAAUAAUCAAAUAUUUUUAGAGCAGAUGAUAACAGUUUAUCAGAAUUUAAUUAAACCAUUCCAAAAAAAAGUGGGUGCAACUCAAGAAUCAAAUGUAUAUGAAACUAUGUGCCGUUGUUAUACAGAACUAUUGAAUUUCAGUGUACUAAAUGUUCUUAGUCUAUGGGAUUAUUUCAAACAUAUUGGAGAAGCAUAUGAAGUUGUAAUAAUUGCUAAUAUAGAAGAAUAUUCCACAGUUUAUAAAUAUUAUUUAAAUGUAAUUUGUGAUAUUAUUUCUUUUGGUGGCUUUAUAUACAUUGCAAAAAUAAUUGAAGUACCCCAGAUAGUAUCAAAUUUAUUUAUAGAUAAAAUGAAAGGAAAUGGAACGAAAAAAGUUAACAAUGAAAUUGCGAUAACCAUGGCACUACAGCAUCCAUUGAAGAAUUUAGAUAAGUACAAGAAUAUGAUUCAAAGUUUAAUGAAAAGUAAUGGACCACGAAUGGGGAUUGAAAGACUGCAUGAUGCACUUGUAAAAUGGGAACAAUUAUGUGAUGAACAAGAGAAGCGGCAAAAAGAGGCUGAAACUACGAGAUCUUUUUGGGAAAAUUCAGGAAAAGUAGGGGAAUUAUUAAGAUCACCUGAGAGAAGACUAAUUAGAGAAUCACGAUCUCAUCCUAUAGCUUUAUUAAAUUCUGGAAGAUUUUCAACGCAUUGGUUUAUUUUGUUAACUGAUAUAUUUAUCCAUGUAAGUGGAACUUACCAUACAGUGCAUCCACUUAAAACUCUGUGGGUUGAACCAUUAUCAGAUACUGAAUCUCUACAGAAUGCUAUAUCAAUCGUAACACCAGAAGAUAGUUUUGUACUAUACACUCCAACACCCUCUGAGCGUAAUGAAUGGCUACAUGCUUUACAAAACGCAAUAAAAUGCAGUGUGCAGAGAGCAAUUGGAAUUGCUCUCCCAAUAGUACGUUCAACCUCAUUCUCUUUCACAAAGCACAGUGUUUUCAAGGAUGCGAAGUAUACUGGUCGUUGGUUAAAUGGUAAACCACAUGGAUCUGGGAAAUUAGAAUGGUCUGAUGGUCGAAUAUAUACUGGUCAGUUCCAUAAAGGUAUUAUUUAUGGUACUGGUAAAAUGGAAAUUCCAAUUCAAGGUACAUAUGAAGGGCAAUGGAAAGAUAAUCAACAAAAUGGUUUUGGAACAAUGAAAUACGUAAACGGAGAUAUUUACGAAGGCUACUUUAAAGAUGGAUUACCACAUGGACAUGGUGUUAAAAAAGAAGGUCACUUUAUGGCUUCUGUAGCAUCUGUUUAUAUAGGAGAAUGGGCUGCAGGUGUUAAACAGGGAUAUGGAAUUAUGGAUGAUAUCAUGACUGGAGAAAAAUAUUUAGGAUCAUGGAACAAUGACAUGAAACAUGGAUCUGGUUUGAUAGUUACACUGGAUGGUAUUUAUUAUGAAGGUGCCUUUAGUCAAGAUGUCUUAACGGGCUAUGGAGUUAUGGUGUUUGAAGAUGGUACUCAUUAUGAAGGAGAAUUUAAAUCUGCAGGAAUAUUUUGUGGAAGAGGUGUUCUAACAUUUCGCACUGGUGACAGAUUAGAAGGUAACAUAAAUGGUGCUUGGAAUGAAGGUGUGAAAGUUGUAGCAACAUUACAUAUAAAUAAAGCUAGUGGAAAUGUCUCAACUAACUCUAAACCAACAUCUUUUGGUAAAUUAUGUGUAGCACCAGAUCAGAAAUGGAAAGCUAUAUUUAAACAAUGCUAUCAACAGCUUGGUGUAUCUGAAUCGACUGCUAAGGCCAGCUUCAAUGAAAAGUUUGCAGAAACACAGAAAGCUUGGCAAAAUGUAGCAGCUAUAAUUACAAAAUCUCAUCAGAAAACACUGCAACGAAAAAAAAUGUCUGGGAAUACAUCAACAAACAAAGAAAAAAAUAAUGAAAGUAUUGAUCAAUUAGAUAAAAUACCUUGUUUUGGUAAAGAUAAACUUACAAUCCAAAGUUAUAAAGAAGUACAUAAGUAUUUAAUACAAGCUUUUGAAAGUCCGCAUCAUCCAUUGGGUGCUCUACUGACAGAAAUUGCAACAGUAUAUACAGCAACAUAUGGUGGUGUAAGAGUACAUCCUCUUUUAUUAAGUCAUGCUGUUUCUGAACUUCACAGUAUUACAUCCAGAAUAUAUGACAUAGUAACAUUAUUAUUUCCUGCAUUAUUAAGAGGUGGUAAGGAAUAUGUUCUAGGACCCGAGGAUGAUGAUAAAAACGAGGGGCAAGUAAUAAGUGCGGCUGCAAUAUUACAUCCAAUAUUACUACCACGUGUGCAUUCAGCUCUUUUCGUGCUGUAUGCUUUACAUAAUAAGAAAGAAGAUGAUGCCUACUGGGAAAGAUUAAUGAAAUGGAACAAACAACCAGAUAUAACUUUAAUGACCUUUUUAGAUGUUGAUCAAAAAUUUUGGAAAGAAGUAGCCACUAGUAAUUUUGGAGAAAAUUCAUAUCAAAAAGAAUCACAUUUUUGUGAAGCUAUAGAAGCUUUACAACAAUUAAAAACAACAUUUUCUCCUUUAGAAAAAUUGCUAGUCGUUAAAAAUACCUUUGAACAAAUGACACAAGCAGUUCAGAAACAUUUAGAUUCUACAUACUUAUGGACAAUGGAUAAAUUAUUCCCAGUAUUUAGUUUUGUUGUAGUACGUGCUAGUGUAUUACAAUUAGGAAGUGAAAUACAUUUUAUUGAGGAUUUUAUGGAACCACACUUACAAAAUGGAGAACUUGGAAUUAUGUUUACUACAUUAAAAGCAUGUUAUUAUCAAAUACUGCAGGAAAAAACGAAUGCCGUUGAUUAAAAUAUUUUUAAUGGUAAUAAUAGCCAUGAUAAGGACAAAUGCAUGAUAUAGGAUUAGUCAUUUUAAAUGAACAAAUUUUAUGUUGCUUAAUAUAUAAUAAUAUAUCUAUAUAUAAAAUACUAUCAGAAUAUAAGUCAGGCUAAAUCUUACCUCAUAUCUUUAUAAAUUUUAAAAACUCAUUAGUAUAAAAAACAUAUUUGUUAUAUACAGUUUAUGUAAAUUAAUUGUUACAAAGAUUGCAAUGUAAAAGUAAUAUAUAGUAUCAUCAUAAAUCAUCUUGUAUUUAUAUCUAAAUAAUUUUAACAUGUAACAUAGAUAAUAAUGUUACAUACCAAUUUAUUUAAUAUUUAUAUUGUUGUAUAGUUUAUGUAUAUAAAUGAGCUUAAAGGUACAAAAGCAUUAGAAUAUAAAAAAAUAAUUCCGUGCAUUAAAUUUGUAUGCAUAGUUACCAAACAAAUUCCAGAAAUAUUAUGUUCGUUACAUAAUCGACAUUUAUUUAUAAACAUGCCUUUUCCAAAACUGUUAUUUUCAAAAACUACAAUAAUUUGUAAUUCAUGCAUUUUCUUCAUAUAAUUUUAAAUAUGAAAUGAAAAAUUAAAAUUAUAAAUAUGAAGUGUGUGUGUGUGUGUGUGUGUGUGUGUGUGUGUGCGCGCGCGCGCUCAUGUGUGUCAAAUAUCUCAUCUGUUAUUUUAAUUAUGAAUGAAAGUAAAAGAUUCACAUCGUAAAUAAAGCCUGUCGUAAUAUUCUA